AAUAUAUGGGGUGACUGUGAACACCUUAUUAUACGGGGUGACAGUGAAAAACGUAAUAUAUGGGUUGACGGUAAAUAACUUACCAUACGGUGUGACAGUGAAUGACGUAAUAUAUGGAGUGACAGUGAAUAACUUACUAUACGGGGUGACAGUGAAUGACGUAAUAUAUGGGGUGACUGAAUAAUUUACAAUACGGGAUGACAGUGAAUGACGUUAUAUAUGGGGUGACUGAUUAAUUUAAUAUAAGGGGUGACAGUGAAUGACGUAAUAAAAGGGGUAACAGUGAAUAACUUACUAUAUGGUGUGACAGUGAAUGGCGUAAUAUAAGGGAUGACAGUGAAUAACUUACUAUACGGGGUGACAGUGAAUGACGUAAUAUAUGGGCUGACAGUGAUCUGCUUACUAUACAGGGUGAUAGUUAAAAACGUAAUAUACGGGGUGACAGUGAAUAACUUACUAUACGGUGUGGCAGUGAAACACGUAAUAUAAGGGGUGACAGUGAAUAACUUACAAUUCGGUGUGACAGUGAAUGGCGUAAUAUAUGGGGUGACAGUGAAAAACGUAAUACAUGGGACGACAGUGAAUAACUUACAAUACGGUGUGACAGUGAAUGACGUAAUAUAUGGGGUGACAGUGAACAGCUUACUAUACGGGGUGACAGUGAAUGACGUAAUAUAUGGGAUGACAGUGAAUAACUUACUAUAUGGUGUUACAGUGACUGACGUAAUAUAUGGUGUUACAGUGACUGACGUAAUAUAUGGGGUGACAGUGAACAGCUUACUAUACGGGGUGACAGUGAAUAACGUAAUAAAUGGGAUGACAGUGAAUAACGUAAUAUAUGGGGUGACAGUGAAAAACGUAAUAUAUGGGGUGACAGUGAAAAACGUAAUAUAUGGGAUGACAGUGAAUAACGUAAUAUAUGGGGUGAGAGUGAAUAACGUAAUAUAUGGGGUGACUGUGAAAAACGUAAUAUAUGGGGUGACAGUGAAAAACGUAAUAUAUGGGGUGACUGUGAAUAACGUUAUAUAUGGGGUGACAGUGAAUAACGUAAUAUAUGGGAUGACAGUGAAAAACGUAAUAUAUGGGAUGACAGUGAAUAACGUAAUAUAUGGGAUGACAGUGAAUAACGUAAUAUAUGGGAUGACAGUGAAUAACGUAAUAUAUGGGAUGACAGUGAAUAACGUAAUAUAUGGGGUGACUGUGAAAAACGUAAUAUAUGGGGUGACAGUGAAAAACGUAAUAUAUGGGACGACAGUGAAUAACGUAAUAUAUGGGGUGACAGUGAAAAACGUAAUAUAUGGGGUGACUGUGAAAAACGUUAUAUAUGGGGUGACUGUGAAAAACGUAAUAUAUGGGGUGACUGUGAAAAACGUAAUAUAUGGGGUGACUGUGAAAAACGUUAUAUAUGGGAUAACAGUGAACAACGUACUGUAUGGAGUGACUGUGAAAAACGUUAUAUAUGGGAUAACAGUGAACAACGUACUGUAUGGAAUGACAGUGAAUAACGUAAUAUAUGGGAUGACUGUGAACAACGUAAUACGUAUAUGGGGUGACAGUUAACAACAGUAUACAUGUAUAUGAUAUGUUUAGUAAUUGUGUAUUGUAUCCAUCGUAUGUUCUGUGACUCUCACGUGUAUUGUUUCCUUAGCAUGUGCUGUGACUCUCACGUGUAUUGUAUCCAUAGUAUGUCCCGCGACUCUCACGUGUAGUGUAUCCAUAGUAUUUUCUGUGACUCUCACGUGUAUUGCAUCCAUAGUAUGUCCCGCGACUCUCAUGUGUACUGUAUCCAUAGUGUGCUCUGUGAUUCUCACGUGUAGUGUAUCCAAAGUAUGUCCUGCGACUCUCACGUUUAGUGUAUCCAUAGUAUGCUCUGUGAUUCUCACGUGUAGUGUAUCUUUAGUAUGUCCUGCGACUCUCACGUUUAGUGUAUCCAUAGUGUGCUCUGUG